ACAUUCGUUGGUUUUUAGCGACGUCGGUCGGUCGUGUUUCAUCCGCGCACGGAAUAGCGAGUGUGAGAGCGUUUCGAUUUGUUUUAAAAUCGGACAAAAGCAACGCGCGUUUACAUUAUUCAGCUAGCCGCGAGAAUUUCGUCAGAAAUUGUCUCUGUUGCGAAAUACAUACAAGAGAUCGAAAUAUUCCGCCUAGCAAAACGUGCCGAACGAUGCGUCGUUAAAUGUCAAAAUAGUUAACUAACCCUGCAGGCUGCAAUAAAAUGCCAAUCGCGCGGUAGACCAACCAAUCGUCAUAGCAACCGUCACGGUCCCACCGAAGAGUACCCCUCCCCAAUCCAAGCAAAAAUUGUGAUAAACGCCGCCAGUGUAAAGUAAUAACAGUGAACUCUGCAAUACAUGCAACAUGGAUAACAGUGGAGUGCAGAAUAACACUACAACGGCCGAGGCCGACAAAAUAGUCAUCUACUCCCAGCCCGCCUCGCCAACAGUAGCCUCCGCGGCCAGCCCUGCAAGAAGCAGCGGAAGUAGCAUAAAUCAUCAGCAUUCCCCAGCCAAUGGCAGCAGCAGCGGCAGCAGCAUCGAAGAACGCCUGUCACCCACGAUGAAUGCGGGGUCACUUUUCACGCCCAAGAAGGAAUUUCCCAGCGCCAAGAUGCUGCAGACGAUCCGCGAGAAGCUGCUCACGCCUGGUGGGGCCUGCGAGCUGUGGGCCCUGGGCAUCGCCGCCGAGCCAACUGAAAAAGGUUUGGCCGGAGAGCAGCCGGUGAAGCUGAUCAAGAAUCGUUACCUGAUCAGCGCUCAACCUAGUCACAUUUCGGCCGCUGCGGCAGCCAAAACACCCGCCUCGUAUCGCCAUCUCAUCGAUCUCACGUCCUCGAACCUCAAGUGCGUGGACGUCUUCAGUGGGGAGCAGUUCCUCUGCCGGAUUAUCAACGAGCCGCUGGACAAGGUGCAGCGGGCCUACUUCCAGCUGCAGCAGGACGAGGACCUGUGCCGCAGCACCAUCUACGGCCACUCGCUCAUCCGACCCGUGCACGACAUUGUGCCGCUGUCCAAGGACCGCACCUACAUCAUCAUUGCGCAAGCGCAGCCGGGUCGCGACUCUGUCGGCCUCACGGGUGUCUAUGAGAACCUACACACCUACAUCAGGCACGAGAAGCGACUGUGCGAGGCGGAGGCGCGUGCCAUUUUCCACCAGAUAUGCCAGACGGUACAGGUGUGCCACCGCAACGGCAUCAUCCUGCGGGACCUCAAGCUGAAGCGCUUCUAUUUCAUCGACGAAGCCAGAACUAAACUGCAGUACGAAUCGUUGGAGGGCUCAAUGAUACUCGAUGGCGAAGACGACACACUGAGUGAUAAGAUCGGCUGCCCUUUAUAUACAGCACCGGAACUACUGUGCCCCCAGCCAACGUAUAAGGGAAAGCCAGCGGACAUGUGGUCCCUCGGCGUGAUUCUCUACACGAUGCUCGUCGGGCAGUAUCCAUUCUACGAGAAGGCCAACUGCAACCUCAUCACUGUGAUCCGUCACGGCAACGUGCAGAUACCCACCACGCUGUCCAAGUCUGUGCGGUGGCUCCUGCUGUCGCUUUUACGCAAGGACUACAUGGAACGCAUGACCGCCACCCACAUCUUCCUGACACCGUGGCUGCGUGAGCAGCGUCCGUUUCAUCUCUACCUGCCCGUCAAUGUGGAGGUGGACGAGGACUGGGACGAAACGGAGAGCAGCGACGAUGGAGCAGCAGUCAUGGACGAGGAUGAAGGCGGGCUUUGUCCCCUGGGGGAUAAGCACGAGUAUGAGGAUAUCGGCGUAGAGCCACUCGACUAUACGCGCAGCACACUGCAAAUGGCCCAAGCCAGUGCAUUGAGUGCGGACGUGGAAAUGGGCUGAUCAACGCACCGGAAGUCCCCCCACGGGUUGCUUUCAUGGUAACGCUGGGAAGCAGCAUUAGCUGCUUCUCCAUUCAGUUAGAGCUGUGGAAACAGAAUCCUACUGGGCCUCGCCGGAUGGUGGCAGGGCUAUGAAUUGUGGCUAUGGGUUGUUCCCACACUAUUCCGGUACGGCCCGGGGAGCGCUGAAACUGAAUGCGUUCCACAUCUUCCUGCAGGUGGUACUGCCAACAAAGACUUAAAGCCUCGCUUAAACUCUCUCAGACACAAGAACUCACUGCCUUCCAAUAUAUACGAGGACGCACUUUCGUUUAUGAAUACGUUCUUCGAACUCUCACCUUUGCAACCGAUUCUUCCUAAAAA